AUGUUUGGCGCAGCUUCAGAUAAAGGGUCUGAUGCUGAAACUGUGGAUUCGUACUCACCACCAGAUGGGAUAGCCUCCAAGCACCCGUGAGCUGGACAACCACACACACAUCAAAUAUCCAAUCAGAUACAAAUCCAUGAGUCAAUCAUGCCCAUUUCUUCGGAUCCCUCCCUCGCUGUGACGUAGGAAGGGGGCGUAGUCCACGUUGCGUUCAACGCACUACACCGUGAUUGGUCAGCGUCGGCCAUGUGACACAUCUCGACCAAUCGGCGCAGAAUGCGACGAGUAAAGAGACAGCGGCCGUGGAAAAACGACCGUCGGUGACGCUCCGUCAUGAACUGUGCUGUGUUGUCACCAGCUGUUGUCUGGAAGACGAAGGAAAAGUGUCUGGAGUGAUCGUGAGACCACGAGCAGCCCCGCAGCACGCAGCCGCACGUUCGGAGCUCAAAGAUGGUGCCGGAUGACUGAUCGGCACUCCGGAGGCUCGCCGGGCUCACAGUGAUGCUAUCACUUACAUAACUGGAGGCAUCGACAAGACACAAAGUGUGAUAACGGACUAGUGCCAGUACAGGUCGGAGUUGAAGCCAUUUUUUUUCCUCUGCACAGACAGACAGUCACACCAGCUGGGUUCAGACUAAGAUCACUUGGUGUCUGUACAUCGUACAGUCAGUAGCGUCCCAUCAUGAACGUGGGCACGGCACACAGCGAGGUGAACCCCAACACCCGAGUGAUGAACAGCCGAGGAAUGUGGCUGUCUUACAUCCUGGGCAUCGGUCUCCUGCACGUCAUCUUGCUCAGCAUUCCCUUCGCCAGCGUACCCGUGGUCUGGACCCUCACCAACCUCAUACACAAUCUGUGCAUGUACCUCUUGCUUCACACCGUCAAAGGGACGCCGUUCGAGACCCCAGAUCAGGGCAAGGCUCGCCUCCUCACGCACUGGGAGCAGAUGGACUACGGCGUGCAGUUCACCGCGUCACGCAAGUUCCUCACCAUCACACCCAUUGUCCUGUAUAUAUUAACCAGCUUCUACACCAAAUACGAUCGUGUCCAUUUUGUGGUCAACACAGUUUCCUUGCUCACUGUACUCAUCCCCAAGCUGCCCCAGCUGCACGGUGUGAGGAUCUUUGGGAUUAAUAAGUACUGACAAGGCAGAAGAGGACACCUCCUUCCCUCAGUCCUCAUGGACUGCUGAGAGCACAAAGAGUAUCAGGCCUCCGAUUUGGCUGCAGAUCCAUGAGGAUCUGUGGCUCUCUGGCUCUCGACUCUGCUGAACAGCACUCUAAAUGAAGCCUGCUGGGGAUUCUGCCGUGGUACCAAAACCCAGGAAAGAGACAAAAUACACUCUACAUAGAGGACAAAGGGAAAGUGUACUGUUGUGGCAGUUUGUGGCUCUCCUUUGCGUCACAGGUUUUAUAGAGAGACUUAAAAAGCAUUUGUAAAAAGGGUGUAUUAUGUCCAUUUCUGUAGAAAUGACAGUUUUCUGAUGUGACAGGUUUCAGGAGGAGAGGACAACGUAGUCGCACAAAACUCAUGUGCCAUUUUUCACCCACUGGCACGCUGAGGCAGUAGUCUAAAGUUAUUUUGUGUGUAAUGAUACACUGCUGUAUUUAUUCAGCUUCAGUCCCACGAGGAGCUUCCUCUUUCUUGAGGUUUCUGGGCUCGGAGGAGAGGAACAGGAGUUUAAUGAAAUGUUGAGGAACCUGUGAACUGCAGCAGAGGCGAGACAUGAAAAACCACACGGUUUUAUAUUUAGCCCUCGCUGCUCCACUCAGGGCCAAGAUUGGGAAGUUAAACAAUCCUUAUUUUUAUCUGACCAUUACUAUAUUUGGACUCCUGCUGUCCUGGUUUGUGUCACAGAAAGCCUCCUGUCAGUAGAACCGUCUGGCCCGUGUGCAGAAAGAAUGUGCAAGAGCACUGAUCCAACGUAACCACAGGUUUUGCAAUAGGAGUGAAGAGAUAAGCAUUUCUCCCCUAUUAUGUCAUACUUACAUACACGCUACAUAUGGAGACACAAGCUUGUUACUUUCCUAUGAAAGUACUCAGGACCCAUUACAUUAACUGAGCAUGUUACUCAGUUUGGAAUCAGGGGAGAAAUUUAGACACUGAGGUACCAGAUAUAGGUACGCCCAUCAGUAACCCUGCAGUACAUCCGGAAAUACUCACAUGUUUCCAAUGUUUGGUUCACCCCCUGUUAAAUACAUGAAAAGAGAUGAGUAUUACAGACACGGCUGCAAUGAAAUCAUUGGUGAGAAAUCACAAAUAUGAAGAGAGAAACAAUUCAACGCUACAUUAGUUGGUUUGGUGGCAACAAGCAGUCCUGAAAUACAACACUAACAUAUGUUUUUAUGGUAAUGUGUUGAGCAACUUUAACAUUUAUUUGGAGUUUUGGUGACCUGAUAAAUCCAAAGUCCAGUAUUGUCUCUGCUCUUGGUGCUGUUUUGGUCUUCACCAACCUCCUUCACCUGCUAAAGGCUCCAUCUUUUUUUCACCUGCUAGCAAACUUUUGUUGGUAAGUUGUUAAGAUUGUGAAUUUGAAAACCAACACAAUGAGCUAAAGAGGCUCUGUGAAUUGUGGGUUUGUGACUCUGAGAAACGCUUCUCACAUUGCAGUCACUUGGUCCACGGUUAGUUUAAAACAAUAUUGACUCCAGAUCAACAUUAAGACUGAUUUUUUUUUUUUACAAAUGGAACAAUUAGAAAGAAAUAUCUGCGUACUAAACCACACAUGGGUUGUUUCCUGUAGCCACAUCCACAAAAUGAUCUUUCAAAUGCAGAACUAUCAAGCAAACCUUUUUUUUAGCAUCCAAGGAAUCGCAGUUAUUCUGCUUAACGGCUUCUGAGUUUCGUCAUAGAGCUGCUUCGUAAUAGAGUAAGAAUGUCUAAAAGGUAAUACGUCACUGUUAAUUUAAAAAUGUUAAGGGUUUUAAAGUUUAGUCUGAUGCAUGUGGGAGGCUGAAGUGUCCAUGAACCAUUUCUCCGUGGCAGUUCUCGUCCUGACUUUAGUUUGUUAAUGUGAAGUAAAAAGUAAUGAUAUAAAAUUGUACAGGGUGUGAGUCGCUACUCGGGCAGCGAUUCAGUCUGAAUCCUCAGCGUGGGGAUUUUAGUUCAACUUUGAUUCAGUAACGACGACGAGCCAAAACUGUGUGUAUAUUCUUUAAUUCUCCUUCAGAUAAUCGCAGGAAAGCAGAAUAAUGUUAGCAUAAAUAUUAUGCUGCAAUAAAGGUCAAAAGGUAAUGUGUCCCUCUGGAAUUAAAACAAUAAUGUUUACGGAUGCUUACCUGAACAUUUUACUCUUAAUUACAGUAGCCAUAGUAGCAUAAUUAUGAAUAUUACUGACAGUGAACGCAGUAGUAAAAGUAGUGAAGAUACCAGUUGUUUUUUUUUUUUUUUGAUGUGGUAGAUGAGAGACAAAUGUCAUUAUUAAUUAUUUAUUGUGAUUCAUGUUGUUUCAUGUGGAUUAUAGCUGAGCCCAAAACAAUUCUAUCAGUGUGUUUUUCUUUUAGCAGAUACAUGUAAUCGAUUGGCUCAACCUACUCAUCCAACCAAUGACAUAGAAUGGACCAAACAACCAAAGAAUUGUGGGAAAUUGUAAAUACUAGCUGAUCUGCUGCGGCUUUCAUGUCUUCAUUAUGAUGAUUCUGAUCUGUCGUGACCAUAAAGGGCUUUUUCUUCUUCUUCUUCUUCUUCUUCUUCUUCAGCGACAUGCUGUGAUAAUUCACAGCACAAUGUGAUAAUGCAUUUGUCAUGUUUUCUUUUUUCUUAACCAAGCAGUUUGUGAAAGAAGGUUUUGAACUGAAUGUUGAUGUAAACGUGAAACAGUGCGCUCGUGGCUUCUGUUUGUCGAUCCGUGUACUUUUGAAGGAAAUGUCAAUGUGAACUUCUGUAAGAGUGCUUGACCCCCAAAAUACAGUAUUUUUCAAGUAUCAUCUCAAAA